GAUCUGGCUGGAGUACAGACACACCUCAGCAGCUCAGACAGGAGCCCUGUGCCUGUGGGCUCCCAGGCGGCAGAGGCAGCAGCAGCAGUAGGAGCCCGCGAUGGGGAGCAGCGCCGACCCUUUCAUCCGCACGGUGCUGAGCCAGGAGCAGCUCCUGCCUGCCCUGGACUCCAGCCUGGCUGUCCCCUCCGACGAGAAGCUCCGCUGGUCCCGCCAGGAUGACAGGAGCUUCCGACUCCGGCAGCAGGUCAGCCUCAGCAUGUCCCGCAAGAACAGGAGGGCUUCCACAGACCGGGUGCAGCGGACACUCAGUGCCCCUGAUUACGUUAGUUCCAUGGCGAUCCCUCCAUUUGGAUAUCCGACACUGCCACUCCCAGGGCCUCGAUAUGGUUACACUGAGACCCUGAAACCAGUGGGUUACAGAAUUAAUCAAAGAAUGGUGAAUGGAGCUGCCCAGUUUUCCUCCGGGACUGGCCAAUUCUUGUCCCAAGGCCAGCAGAGCCAGACCAUUAAACCGACUCGCCGGAUAGAGGUCUCACCUGACAAUAGCCCGGUUUUGUCCCGCAAUCGCCCAAGGAUGGAAUUGAGAUUUUUGAGAAAGGGAAUAGUGGGAAGAGAGCCCACCUUGUCCUCCAGUCGGCGUGUCAUCCAUGUUGAGAGGAACUUGGGCAGUCGACUGAAUGCCAUGAAGCCCAUUUUGCGUAGCAACACGAGGUACACCCAGACGGAAGUUGCUUUGCCCAUCUCCAGGCCACUUCCUGUCAGCAGGGUUCCUUCUCAAAGUUCCCAGAAGCACGUGGUCACCGUCAGCAGAGAGUCCCAAACCUAUGGGAGCAUUCACAACGAGAGUUUUCCCGUCAGCCCCGUUGUAAACUUUCGCCCUGGCCUCAGUCAAAGCAUGUCGAGGAUUUAUGACAGGAACCAAACCCGAGCCCUGGAUCAGCAUGCAGAGGGAGUUGCUUUCAGUUACCACGGCGAAUCAUGCAAGAGGCAGGCCCAGGUAGGAGACAGAUACAACUGGACCCAAACAUCUCACCAGAGUAACAGUUUUAUAACCAGCAAACCCAUGGUUACUCCAGGGUUAAUGCCAGCGGAAAGUCUAAUAAUGGAAGCCCAGGAUGAAGCCCAGAUCCAGGCUGAGGCCCAAGCCCAGCCUCAGUCUCAAGCUCAACCUCAAGCCCAAACCAGUUACCAGGCAUCAAGCUAUGAAGGAAACUAUGAAAUGCAAGGAGAACGUGCAAACCUGACCGAAAGCAGUGCAAGCGGAGAUGAUGAUGGUGACUGGACAAUUGAAACUGCAGUCUCUGCCCUGACACAAGAUAACACGGAUUACAUACUGUAUGGGGCUAAUUUCAUCCAACACGAGUGUUAUCAAAGACCUGAUGCAAAGAAAGAGCUUUACGCUUUGGACGGGAUUGGGAAACUGAUUGCGUUGCUCAGCAGUGAGAAUGUGGAGCUUCAGUCAGCAGCCUGCGGGGCAAUCCGCAAUGCAGUGUUUGAGGAGAAUGACAGCAAGCUCGAAGUACAGAAACAUAACGGAGUCCAGGAGCUGGUGCGGCUACUGGAACAAACCAAGGACAUUGAGACAAAGAAGCAAGUCACUGGUUUACUCUGGAACUUGUCUUCCAAUGAACAUCUGAAGGCUGACCUCAUCAAGAAAACUUUAAAACCAUUGACAACAUCAAUUAUCAUUCCAUUCUCGGGCUGGCCAGACGGAGAUGUAAAGAAUUUUGACAUAGACCCUGACAUCUUCUACAACACCACUGGAUGUUUGAGAAACCUGAGCUCAGCCAGUCCAGAGGGCCGAAAACAAAUGAGAGAAUGUGAGGGGCUGAUUGAUUCCCUUGUCCACUUCAUUCAGUUCACCAUUGCCAAUAAUCAAGAGGACGAUAAGUCAACAGAGAACUGCAUGUGCAUCUUACAUAACCUGUCUUUCCAACUGGAGAGUGAGCUACCAAGUGCCUACUGUGAGAAUCUGGCCUGGAAAAAUGCUGCCUCAUCACAGAAGAAGUCAGGAGGGUGCUUUGGAGCACGAAGUUCACGGCUGAAGGAGGAGGACCUGGCCAAUAUUCCAACUUUGGAAGAGAAGAGGAAUCCCAAGGGCAUUGAGUGGCUUUGGCAUAGUUUGGUGGUGAGGAUGUACCUUUCUCUCGUCGCGAGGAGUACCAGAAACUGCACCCAGGAGGCUUCUCUAGGAGCUCUCCAAAACCUCACCGCCAGUAAUGGACCGAUGGGAUUCACCAUUUCUGAGAUUAUCACGUCGAAAGAGAAUGGACUUCAGCACAUCAGACGGAUGUUGUACUCGAAGGAGCCAAGUGUACAGAAAGCCGCAGUCUCUUUAUUGAGAAACAUGUCACGAAACCCAAAGGUCCACGAGGAACUGACCAGUCUGAUCAUGCCCGACCUGCUAUCCAUUCUCCCGGAACCAGACACUGUCCCUCCGAUGCCUAAUGAGACGAUCUCUUUUAUCUGCCAUGUGCUGAACAACCUCAUUCAGAAUAACCCGCAGAAUACUCGCAACUUUGUGCAGAAUGGAGGCCUGAAGAAAGUCGUAAGCAUUAGCAACGAUGACCGUAAUGUUACCACCCCAGCUGGAAAAGCUGCCUCCAACCUGCUGUACAGCCUAUGGUUACAUCGGGACCUUCACAGUACCUACAAAAAGGCCGGAUUCACCAAGUCAGAUUUUAUCAAUAACCGGACGACGAAGGCCUAUCAUGCAGCUCGUGAACGGAAGUCGUUUUACUGAGAUUGACAGAGACAGCGAUGAUGCCAACAAGCCCCUUUCCCAUGAGGAGGGGGAAAGAGUUUACUUUUGGGGAGGACCCACAUUUCCUUGGCUGGUGUUAUCCAGGCAGUGAUACAGGUCAGGGCGUUACCGAGUUCGACUCCGUGCUGAGUAACAGCUCCUUCAUCCCGACUGCCAGAUGGACUACUGCUGUUCUAUAGCCAUGACCCAAAGGUCAGACAAGCUGUUAAACACGGAAAACAACAAAUACUGGAGAUGGCUGUAUCCAUGGAGAGAGAGCAAGCUAACAUUCCAAGUGUGGAUGACUGUUUAACACCCUCCAGGCAACACAUGACAAUGGAUUAGCAUUCCACCUACAAAUCUUCAAAUUCCCAUGAAGAAAAGGAACAUUAUUGUGCUGGGCAGCUUGUAUCUGAACUACCACUGGCUCCACCGUGCCAUCACAGUGUUGAGAAGGAGACUUGAUACCUAAUUAUAGCAUACCUGCUCUGUUUUAGCUGUACAAAUACAUUGACUGGGUUAGCAUUUCAAUGUCUGACAGUGUCUUUUAGAAUAUGCAGAUUACUCAUUUAUAUUUAUCAGGGUUCAGUCUCUAAAGUGAAAGAUUUCUUUUCACUAAUUGGGUCUUGGAAUGCAAAUAAAUGGCAGGGUUGUCAUUUAUUGCCCAUCCCGAGUUGCCCUUGAGAAGAUGUUGGUGAGCUGCCUUCCUGAACCACUGCUGUAGAUGGACCCACGGUGCUGUUAGAGAGGGAAUUCCAGGAUUUUGACUCAGCGACAGUGAAGAGACAGCAACACAUUUUCAAGUUGGGAGAGUGAGUGGCUCAGAGGGGAAUUUGCAGGGGGGUGGUGUUCCCAUGUUUCUGCUGACUUUGUCCUUCCAGAUGAGAGUGGCCGUGAGUUUGAAAGGCGCUUUUGACAUAGAGAUCUAGGAUGUGAGGGACAGACAGGAGAAUGGGACAGAUUGCAUUGUCCUUUCAGAGUUCGAGCUUAAACUGAGCAGUCUCCUUCUGUUCUAUAAGAUUCCAUGACCAAGAACUUGUGACGUGUGUGUGUGUGUGUGCGCGCGCGCACGUGCGUACACGCAGUGACAGUCGGGAGCAAGACAUGUUUUGAAGUGAAAGAAUUCAACAUUUCCCUUUCAGGUCCCUUGACAGGGGGAUCAGUUCUGUUAGGAUUCAGGCUGAUCCUAUUUUAUUGCAGGGUGCAGACAUUGCAAACUUUCUAAAGGGACCCCUAAGGGGACAAUGAGCCUGCAUACUUGCAUGUGGAGUAGAGGCCACUUACCCACUGUGGGUGUGCAUGAUGGGGGAGCCAGCCUUGUGUAACUUGGCAGCGGUGUUGAGAGACGCUGCCAUUAGCACCCACCACUUUGGUUCCUUAGGUAAUGCAUUUUCUGCUUUGUACUAUGGUGUUAAAACCCUCUUUUCUCUGACUCUGAACAAAAAGCUCAUCCAUUGAAAGUUGAAGGCUUUGAUUUUGUUAGCUUAUUAAUCUGCGUGUAGAUUUUACAUCCCAGUGGGUUUAUUUGGGGAAGGUAGUGUGGGGAGGAUCCUUGGAGGGGAUUAACAGGAUCUUUUUUCUCAAGAAAAUAUGAACCCGGUGUGUUUUUGGAUUGAGCCUCUGGAAUUGGGUGUGUGUGAGUUCAAUUUGUUUGGUGUCUAAAAUGUAAAGUCUUUUGGACAUUAUAUGCUGUGCAGUCGGUCUGACACGACUGCAUUCUUCAGUUGAAUAAAACUUGCCUUGUUCACUGAA